AUGGCUUCUUCCACAGACAUCUCGGACGCCGAGUCCAAGAAGGUCACCGUGCCUGCUGGUGGUGAAAAGUACGAGGCCCCGCCUCAGUACAGCCCGCCGGCCGAGGAUGGCGACCUCGUCGCUGAGAUGAGCGAGCGCGAGCGCAACGUCUACGAGCACGGCACCGCCAAGUUCAACCGUCUGGGCUGGAAGCGCCUCACCAUCGUCCUCAUCGUCGAGGCCAUCGCCCUCGGCUCCCUCUCCCUCCCCUCCACCUUCGCAACCCUCGGAAUGGUCGCCGGCGUCAUCUGCACAGUCGGCCUCGGUCUGCUCGCCAUCUACACCUCAUACGUCGUUGGUCAGGUCAAGCUGAAGUUCCCGCUCGUCCACCACUACCCCGAUGCUGGAAAGCUCAUGUUCGGGCGUGCUGGCUACGAGAUCGUCAACUUCAUGCUGAUCUGCCAGCUGCUUUUCCUCACCGGCUCUCACACUCUGACCGGCGCGAUUGCCUGGAUUGACAUCACCCAGAGCAACGUCUGCUCCGUUGUCUUUGCCGUCGUCUCCGCCAUCAUCCUCUUCCUCCUCGCCGUCCCGCCGAGUUUCACAGAGAUGGCUAUCCUGGGUUACAUUGACUUUGCGUCCAUCAUCAUCGCCAUUGGUAUCACCAUGAUCGCCACCGGUGUUGAGAGCACCAACGCCCCCGGUGGCCUGAGCGGCGUGAAUUGGUCCGCCUGGCCCAAGGAUGACAUCACCUUCACCGACGCCUUUAUCGCCAUGACCAACAUCAUCUUCGCCUACAGUUUCGCCAUGUGCCAGUUCUCCUUCAUGGACGAAAUGCACACUCCCAAGGACUACGUCAAGUCCAUCUGGGCUCUCGGUAUCACUGAAAUCAUCAUCUACACCCUGACCGGAUCCAUUGUCUACGCCUUUGUUGGCCAGGACGUUGGUAGCCCUGCCCUGCUUUCCGCCGGUCACUUGAUGAGUCGCGUCGCUUUCGGUAUCGCUCUGCCCGUCAUUUUCAUUAGUGGUUCGAUCAACACCGUCGUUGCCGCUCGUGUCGUGCACGGCCGCAUCUUCGCGAACUCGCCCAUCCGCUUCAUCAACACCAGGAUGGGAUGGAUUACCUGGCUCGCCAUGAUCGCUGUUGGCACCGUCAUUGCCUUCAUCAUCGCCGAAGUCAUCCCUUUCUUCAACGACCUGCUGUCCAUUUCCUCUUCCCUCUUCAUCUCUGGCUUCUCCUUCUACCUCCCCGCCUGCAUGUGGUUCAUGCUCAUCAGGGAGGGAGGCAUCUUCUCCUCGCGCAAGAACAUGGCUCUUGCUGCGCUGAACGCACUCUGCUUUCUCAUUGGAGUCACAACACUCGUGGCUGGUACCUACUCGAGUGUCAAGGACAUUGUUGACAAGUACGACGCUGGCACUGUCCGCGGAGUCUUCAGCUGCUCCAAGCCCAACUAA